ACCUCAGGACUGACAUCCUGCCCAGCCAUGGGCCCCAGCCUGCUCCUGCUGCUCUUCCUGGGUCUAGUAGGUCAGGGAUCAGCUGACAACCUCCCUGAAGUGCUUCAGGCCCCUGUUGGGGGCUCCAUUCUGGUGCAGUGCCACUACCGGCUCCAGGAUGUCAGAGCUCAGAAGGUGUGGUGUCGAUUCUCACCGGAGGGCUGCCAGCCCCUGGUGUCCUCAGCUGUGGAUCGCAGAGCCCCUGGGAGCAGGCGCAUAUUCCUCACUGACCUGGGUGGGGGCCUCCUGCAGGUGGAAAUGAUUACCCUGCAGGAGGAGGAUGCAGGGGAGUAUGGCUGUGUAGUGGAUGGGGCCUCGGGGCCCCAGACCUUGCACACAGUCUCCCUUCAGGUGCUCCCCGCAGUUCCUGACCUUCGAGAGGAGGAGGAAGAGACCCAGAAGAUUGGAAAUCUGGCUGAGGACCCCGCUCUGGACCCUGCAGGCAGUGCCAGUCCUUGGGAACUCAACCAGCAGGAGAGGAGUAUCCCCUUGAUUUGGGGUGUUGUGCUCCUGCUGGGCCUGCUGGUGGCAGCUGUGGUGUUGUUUGCUGUGAUGGCCAGAAGAAAAGGGAAUAGGCUUGGUGCUUGUGGCCGUUUCCAGAGCAGUGGAGUUUCAGGCAUGGACCCCACCUCAACCAUUCACCACAUCAGUGAUUCUGCACAGACUGCUGGAUUGCCUUUGGAUAUACCAUAUGCUAGGCUCGACUCACCAUCUUCAUUCGACAAUACCACCUACACCAACCUCUCUCUUGAUCCCCCAUUAGGGAAACCUCCACUUCCACCCCCAUCCUCAUUGCCCGCUUUGCCUCCUAAGGUUCUGAUGUCCUCCACGCCAGUGACAUAUGCAACAGUCAUCUUCCCGGGAGGGGAUAGAAGUAGAAGAGCCUCCUGUGAGCCAGCGCAGCAUCUAUCUAACAGCCAAACGCCUCCCAGCUGAACUGCUCAUACUGUACACUCAGGAGACUCCCCCUGGGGUUCUGUGCAUCCAUUCCACCAGCUCACGCCCUUGCCAUUCAUAAUAUCUGAGCAACUUGGGACUUUAGGACCUAAUCUUAUAUCCUAAAGUGAUAUUCAGAGAUGACAGGUGUCAUGGGGAAGAUACCCCUCUUCCCCAAUGCUGGUUUCUCUGCUGUGACACAUUGAGCUAAAUAAACCGUAAAUGAUGAUAUGUGAACUCCUAAUGGUUGAGUGGGGAAGGAAAGGCCCACGUUUGACUAAUCACUUGGCCUGUGAACCAAAAAGACUACCCAGAUUUGGUGUUGCAUGGUCUCCUGCUUGUCUUACCAAUGGGGAGCUGGUUUCUUGUCACAACAUUGCAAUGCAGUUUGA